UUUAUUGAUUUAUCAACCAAACCAGUAAAUUCCAAGCUUAGAACCCACGCAUACCCCAUCAAGGCCAACCCCUUUCUCAUUUCGUUAUUUGCUGCCUUCUCUCUUUUAUCUCCAAGGUCUCUGUAGAAUAAGAAUUGAACACAUCACUAGCAACAAAAAUUUCUCAAAAUGGCUGUGGAGGUCUGUGUCAAGGCUGCUACCGCUGCCCCUAAUGUUCUUGGAGACUGUCCCUUCUGCCAAAGGGUUCUCCUGACUUUGGAAGAGAAGAAGGUUCCCUACAAGACCCACCUGGUCAAUCUCAGUGAGAAGCCUCAAUGGUUCUUGGAGAUUAGCCCAGAAGGGAAAGUGCCUGUGGCGAAGUUUGAUGACAAAUGGGUGCCUGAUUCUGAUGUUAUUGUUGGAAUGAUUGAGGAGAAAUUUCCUGAGCCUUCCUUAAUUUCUCCUCCUGAAGUUGCCUCUGUCGGAUCAAAAAUAUUUUGGGCAUUUUUCACAUUUCUGAAGAGCAAGGAUCCCAGUGAUGGCUCGGAGCAGGCUUUAAUUAAUGAACUAAAGGCACUUGAUGAGCAUCUUGCUGGACAUGGGCCUUUCAUCGCUGGGGAAAAGAUCACUGCCGUUGAUUUGAGUUUGGCACCAAAAUUGUACCACCUCGAGGUUGCUCUUGGCCACUUUAAGAAGUGGACUGUUCCUGAAAGCUUGACUCACUUACGGGGCUACACGAAGUUGGUUUUCUCUCGGGAAUCUUUUGUGAAGACUAAUGCUGCAAAGGAGUAUGUGAUUGCUGGAUGGGCACCAAAGGUCGAAGCAUGAGUUACUUUUAGAAUUCGAUGGCCUUUAAGCUAUUGUUAUAGGUGAGGCUUAUGUUGGAUGAAUGCUGCUUCUUCUAUUUGCCUAAUAAGUGUUAGAUCUAUCAUCUAUCAGUAUUUUUUUCUUUUGAGAAGAUAUCAGUAUUAAUAAAAUAACUCUGUAUUUAAUAUAUGCUACUGAUUGGUAAGCAAGUAUCUUUAUGAAAAGUAUUAUCAGCUGUCGAAAUACUAUUAUGAUUUUCGGUU